GAAGACCCUCAAGCAGCCACCAACCGGUCAGAAUACAUACUACAUAUGUAUCCAUCCGCUUCUAGUCCCUCCUCACCCCCCCCAGCACACAGUUGCUGUGUAACCACACAGUCUCGCACACAUCAUCAUCAUCGUCAUCCUCGUCAACAACAACAACGCAUGCGCAUAUACUACACAUGUAGACACGCACACGCACCGCACCCAUGCCCUGCGUGCGGCUCCGCCUUCACCGCACUCCUCCAGGGCCCUCAUGUACUCACAUACGUAACCUCGCGCGUUCCGUGGUAUGAUUCUUUCGUCAUUGCCGAGUUUCCCAGUCGAGACUAUUACUUGCAUUGCUCACUCCCAAGCUGUGAUUGCGCAUCACCGGGAGAGCCAACAACUAUGGCACCAACAAAGGACAUGUUUUCUCCCCACCCGUAUCCCCACCAGCCCGAGCCAUGCCCCCCUUCCGGGGCCCCCUUGACAAAAUUCUACGACUCGUUACGAGGCACCACACCUCGUUUGUUCCCGUCUCUUAGACCAAACCUUAAACCACGUUGUCGUAUUCGCUGAUUCUGUAGAGUAAUAGACAGCCACCACUUAGUAACAGCCAACAGCCAACACUUACACGUGUAGCAGCCACGCCAAUCUCCUCGCGCUCUCCUGUCCUUGAA